AAAGUGGAAACCAAUAAAAUGUAUGUAUGUAAUUUUUACUGCAGGUAUACGGGUGUGAAAUUAUUCUUUUUACUAAAAACUUAUUGGGCAAACAGUUAAUGUUUUUGUCUCUGUAAGUAAAUUUAAAACUUUUUAUUUUAUUGAGCGGUUUAUUAUUUUAAUCUAGUGAACAUCAUUUUGAAGUGUGUUUAAACGACAAAUGCGAACUUCUUCAUUAAAUUGUGCUGAUUUUAAAUUGUUCAAGUCCAGCUCACCACAGCGAUUUUUAAUUACUGUAUUCAAUUAUAAGACUCUAUUUGAAAAUUAGUUAAUGAAAAAUAUUGAAUGUAUGAAAAAAAUAUUUCAAGAUAGUAAUCCAUUUAGUCAAGAUUACCUUGUCUACACCACACAAUUUAGAAAAAAAGGAAUGAGUAUAAGAACAUUGAAUGAAAAUCAAAAUUUUAAACAUUCUUCAAACUGAAAAUAUUUAUAAUUUUUCUAAGGUAGAUCGUGAAAUUAUCACAAAUUUUUGAUUGUGUAUACGAAAAUGUCGUUAAUUUUCUCAUUGAUUGCAACCAUCCAACAUUUAAUAAUUACUGUUGCACUUGGAUUAAUUUUUGCGUUGUUAUUAUAUAUAUAUUUUACUUGGACUUUCGACAAAUGGAAAAAUCUCAACGUACCUUACGUUCGUCCUAUUCCAUUAUUUGGCAACUACUUGAACAACGUACUAUGCAUCAAUCAUCCAGCAGACACGUAUAAACUAAUUUAUCGUAAAUUAGCUGGUCACAAAUAUGGAGGUUUUUUUCAAAUGAGAACACCGUACUUGAUGAUACGUGAUCCAGAAAUGAUUACCAACAUACUUAAUAAAGACUUUUCGUAUUUCCCUAAUCGUGGUAUUUACACGGACUAUUCAGCUGAUCCCAUGAGCGAAAACUUGUUUUUUUUGUAUUAUCCGAGAUGGAAAAUAAUUAGAAACAAAAUAAGUCCAGCAUUUUCGCCUGGAAAAUUAAAACAAAUGUUAGAUCAAAUAAAAGAAUGCAGUGAUACGAUGAUGGAGAAUAUUUACAAAAAGUUGGACGAUAUUUCAAACGAAAUUGAAGUCCGGAGUAUUCUGGCUAGAUUUUCAUUAGACGUUAUUGCAACUUGUGCUUUUGGACUGAUAUUAAAUAAAAAUUAUGAAGAUCAAUCUGAAUUCCAUAUGUAUGGAAAAACCUUAUUUCAACCAUCUCCUAGGAUUCUGAUAAGAGAAUUGUGUUUGAUGAUUUCACCAAAACUUUUAAAAAUCUUGAGAUUUCCGAAUUUUCCGCCGAAGGCUUCUGCAUUUUUUCACAGAAUUUUUCACGAGACCAUUUCACAUAGAGAGAAAAAUAAUUUAAUCAGACAUGAUAUCGUGCAAAAUCUAAUACAAGCGAGAAAAGAAUUGGUUUUGAACCCAAAUUUAUCACAAGAUGAAAAGUUUACUGAAACACAAAUUGUAGCAAAUGCAUUUGUUAUGUUUGCUGCUGGAUUUGAGACUGUAUCUACAGCUCUUUCUUUUUGCUUGCAUGAACUAUCAUUAAAAAAACACAUUCAAGAUAAGGUUCGUAUGGAAAUCAAAACAAAACAAUCUAAACACAAUGGAGUGCUGGACAGUGAAUUUUUGAAAGAACUCCAUUAUUUAGAUAUGGUGAUAGCUGAAACACUUCGAAAAUAUCCUGCAACAUUUGCUUUGUUUAGAGAGGCUGUUAAAACAUAUCACGUUCCAAACGAUUCACUAGUGAUUAAAAAGGGACAGAAAUUAAUAAUUCCCAUCAUGUCUCUUCAUAAUGAUCCAAAGUACUUUAAUGAUCCCGAAGUAUUUGACCCGGAUCGUUUUUUACCUGAAGAAAAGGCUAAACGACCAAAUGGGGUCUACCUUCCAUUUGGGGAUGGACUUCGAGUAUGCAUCGGAAAACGUUUCGCUCAAAUGGAAAUGAAAUUAUCGUUGGUAAAAAUUUUAUCUAAAUUUGAAGUGGAGCCAUGUGAAAAGACAGAAAUUCCCAUUCAAUUUAGUAAUUUAUCUAUAAUAGUUCUUCCGAAUAGCGAAGAAGUUUGGUUAAAAUUUAAUAAGCUCUCAGACUGAGUACAUAAUCUAUUUACUAUGUCACACAGUAGGAAAAUUGAUUACCUAAGUUAGCAAAAAAUAAAAAGCUUUGUUAAUCUUGGUUAUUAAAAGUUUUGUAAGCUUUA